AUGGCGGACGAGUGGCCCACCGUUGCAAGCGAGUACCAGAUCAUCGAGCAGAUCGGCCAAGGUGCCUUUGCCAAAGUAUGGAAGGCCUACUGCGCGCCCAAGAAGAUCCACGUGGCCAUCAAGAUCAUGGACCUGGAGAAGAUCACGACGAGCUUCGAGGACAUCCGCGCUGAGGUGCAGACCAUGAAGAUGACCAACCAUCCCAAUGUGCUCAAAUGUUACUGCAGCUUCGUGCACAAGGACCAGCUCUGGCUCGUCACGCAGCUCAUGAACAAGGGAUCGUGUCUGCACGUCAUGAAUCUGCUCAAGAAAAAGGGUUUGGGCGAGGGUCUUAAGGAGGAAUUCGUGGCUGUUAUCCUGAACGAGACGCUUAAGGGACUUCAAUACUUCCAUGAGAACGGCCAGAUUCACCGAGACAUCAAGGCCGGUAACAUCCUGCUGGACAGCGAGGGACACGUCGUCAUCGCCGACUUUGGCGUCUCCGGUUGGAUGAUGGAGGGCGGCGAUCGUCGAAAGAAUCGACAGACUUUUGUGGGUACUCCAUGCUGGAUGGCGCCCGAGGUCAUGGAACAGGUGCGCGGGUACGACUACAAGGCCGACAUCUGGUCGCUGGGUAUCACGGCGCUCGAGCUGGCCAAGGGCUACGCGCCCUAUGCUCGCUUCCAGCCCAUGAAGGUGCUGCUGCUCACGUUGCAAGAGGACCCGCCGUCGCUGCGCACAUAUGAUGACGAUGGCAGCGGACACCAAUUCGGACGACACUUUAAGGAUGUGGUCAAGCUAUGUUUGCAGAAGGACCCAUCUAAGCGCCCUGGCACUUCAGCGUUGCUCAAGCACAGCUUCUUCAAGAAGGCAGGCGACACGACUUACCUGGCGCGGAAUCUGCUUAGCAACAUUGAAGACAUUGGCGAGAGCUGUAUGACCGCCGGGAUUGCAGAUGCGCUUCCUGGCGCGGGACCGCUUUAUGCCAAGGGAACGAAAGGUCCGCCCGGCUCGGAGGCUGAAGGCUCGAAGUACGUUCCGGGUACGACUUGGGUCUUCGAUGACGAGGAAGACGACGGCAAGAAGAUGUCGAUAGACGAUUUCGCCAGCCAGUUCGAUAUGGUCACGGGAGGCGAGGAGUUCCGUUCCAAGUAA